AUGGAUGCUAUCAGCCUUGACGACUGGGAGCUCCUCCUGCCUGACCACAAGAGCUCCUUCGGCAGCCAUGGCGUUGUCGGUGGUAAGGACCAGCUCUUGCUCGGGGCCGAGCUGGUCGUGAUCGACAUGGACCACUUCGGCCCUACGUCGUCUCACCCUCCUCCCUACGACUGCAUCCUAGAUGAGGUAGCCAAGAAACCACUCCUGCUACUACCAUCAGAAAAAGAUGUCUAUGGGCGCGAUCCGAUCGCCGACUACAAGGACAUUGACGUCGUGGCGGCCGAACCAGAGCGGGAGGAGCUCGUGACCGAUAUACUGGUCUACGAAGCGGAAGAGCAGGAGGAGACGAUCAAGUCCGUCAAAGUGGCCGAUCAGGACGACGAUGACGUGCUGGUUGAAGCUGCUGCGCCUGAUGGCGUCACUGCCACGUUCUGCAUCUUGCUGCUUGGUGGCAAGCAGCAGCAACUGCAGAAGAGGCACGGUCACAAGAUCCAGCUCCAGCACAUGUAUGCUGACGAUGAGAGGAUUCAGCAGGUUGUGCAGCAGGCCUCCAGGCUGAACCAGACCAUGUCGUCGGUGAUGGGAGGCGCAUCAUCUGCACGGGCAAGCAUAUCGUUCGGUGGAUACUACCAAGGGUUUUGA